GUCAUUCGUUACUUCUUCAUGCUCUGGAGUUAGACAGAGCAUACUGCGAUCAUUUCAUUCAUCUUACGGAGCUAUUGUCUUUGAGGUUCGGGUCAUUAGUGACCAUGGCGAUUAAUCCCAUCCUUCCGCUCCGUGGUAUCCAGACCGUCACCGCUAUUGUUGUCUUGGGUCUAACAGGAUAUGUCUCCAAUUGGUGGUUAGGCUACUGGCACGCCAUGGCGCCCACCCAAAUCAACUUUCUUAUCUUCUGUUCCAUCUGGUCCAACGUUGCGCUUGUCUACCUCAUACUGGCUCCUGCCAAGUUCCCCGCUGCCGCCCACAAAUACGCCAUUCUUGCCGUCGAGUCCGUCACGAUGCUAUUCUGGUUCGCAGGCUUCGUCGCGCUGGCAGUCUUCUUGGGCAACCGUGUCUGCUUGGGACACGUCUGCUCGGUCGCAAAAGGGGCUACUGGUGUGGCUGCCGUCUCUUGGGCGCUCUUCGCUGCAACGACGGUCAUGGCCGCGCUGCAUUGCUGGCGUACAUCGCGCCACGACCCGAAUAACGGCCCGCACCAGCGUAUGCAGGAGGUGUAACGGUUUUGAGCAAUUCAUAUUACGUUAGAGUGGGAAGGAGCUUCGCUCCGCAAAUCACGAUAUCCAAAGUUGUGUUAUUAUUAGGCGCUACGCAGCAAUCCCGCAAUCCGGUGUACGGCUGUAUUUCAGGACUGGUUGGAACCCGAAUAGUUAUCAAAGGAUGCAUACA